AUGGUGCCUUCACCGGCUUUAGUCGGAACACCUUCUAUUUUUCCACAUCAUCAAUCGACUUCAUUUUUUCAAGAUACUGCCAGUUUUUUCAAUCUCGAUUGGGAACGAUUGUGGUAAGAAAAGUUUCGGGUUAAAGGUCCACUGUGGAUUUUUUGUUGAGAUAUCGUAUCUGUGAGCUUUUUCUCAUAUCGAGUUUAUGUAGUAUAUCCUAGAAAAAUUUUAAAUUUUGGCUCUGAUCGAAUUUUUUUUUCAAUGUUUUCUUUUUUUAUCUCCAUAUUUUUUGAGUUUUAUCACUGUGUUUUCUGAAUUUCAGUUUGGGUUCUUAUAAAGAUGCAAGCAUUUUUUGAGUUUCGUAUAUUCCGAAAUGAGGCUGUAUGAAUUAUUCUGAUCAAAGUUCUGCUGAAAAUUGAUUCCCACUAAUUUAUAAAUGUCCAGUUUCAAUUUCGGAAUAUUUGUUAUGGUCAUUCUAAAGAAAUUGUGUUUUCCACUUAUCUGAAAAUCUUCUCUUGAUUUUCAAAAAAAAGUUCGUUUUCAUUAUUUCUCUACGUGCUUUAUUUUCCUAUUUCUGUAUAUUUUUGAAAAUUUCAGAAACGUUUUCCAAAUUUUAUUGAAACUCUCUUUACAAAGAUUAUAUUUUCUCUUUUUUUUAUUCUCAUUUGACCAAAACUACUAAAAUAGCUAAUCUCUGAUUUUUCUGUUGUUGAUGAUUCACAUCCUCAAUUUAUUUUUCUCAUUUUUUUGUUAUUUCGAAAAUAUUUAUUCAUCCAAUAAUUUUGAUUGUUUCAAUUUCAUUCCCAUUCUCAUUUUUAUCCAAAAAUAGCGACCAGAUUUGUAAAUAUUGUUUCAUUCAACAAAAAAAGAACCAAAAAUUAUUUCUUCCUCCAACCACACAUUGUUUUCUGAAUCACUGAAAAAGUUAUAUAUUCAUCGCUAUGACAACAAUUUUUCAUAAAUAUUAUUAUUUUUAUCACAUAUCAAUAAAAGUGAUUUUUUCCGAGAAAAUGAUAUUUUUAAAGUUGUAUAGUUUCUUUAAUGAUCCUCGUUUUAUUUGUUUUGAUUUUAUGCAUUUCCUGACAGUCUUUCCAAUUUCCGCAAAAGCUAAAAAAUAUCACAAAACCGGUUGAUUCUAUAAAUGGAAUAACGAAAAAAAUGCGCCAAACUAUUUCCGUUUUUUCCGGCGAACGCGAUCGGCAAAUGCCAAAAAUGGAAUAAGGAACUAGAAUCGAGUUCUUUUUUUUGUUAUGAACAGUGAGAGCACCGAGAAAGCAAGCAAAAGCCGUGACUAAACGAGGAGCAAACAGUUUUUGAGCUCAAGCUAGAAAGUGUAAAUAUUAGAAAAACGAAAAUGAUGGUCAUUUUUUCUAACAAAAAGAUUAAUGGGGGAAGAAGAAACAGCUUGUUAACACUAACAUUAACGAAUUAGUUAGCAUUCGCAUGGCUGAUUCAAUGUCCUUGGAUAACAUAUUUUUCUUGGAUUUAUCUUGAUUUAGAUAACCAUCUUUUAGUGUUUGAAGUUUUUUAUUACUUUGAGAAAAUAAUUCUAGAACUAACUAGUUUUCAAUUUUUUAAUUUUGAAAUAAGAAUUAAUUAUCAAAAGAUCAUUUGAAAAAAAAACAAGAUCUCGACCCAUUGCGCAAAAAACCGCACGCACGCUCUAAAUACAACGGAGAUUAACCGAUAAACAGACACUUUCAUUUCGUUCUUUUUUUUUCACAUACAUACAUAAAUUUUGCAUUUACAAUAUUAGAAAUAAAUCGAUCAUACAUACCGCAAAAAGUGAUGUGUGCAAUUAUGUAUAAGAAAAGAAAAAACGAGGAGAAAGGUCAUCGGGAUUGGAUUGAAUAGGGAGAUCGAUGGAAUCCCUUUAUUUUUCCUGUACACUUGAACCAGACAUUUUUCUAUUAUUAAUAUUUUUAUCCAACAGUGAUUUUUUCAAUUGUAUUUUAUUCUGUUUGAUCUCUUUUCAUUCAUAGUUUUUUUCAACAUUUUUCUGUCUGCCUCAUUUUUUUUUUCAGUCAAUCCUUUCAAAAUCAUUGAAUUUUUAAAAUUUGUUUCUUAUCUCUAUGAAUAUUUAAAUGAAUCAUGUUGUUUCGCCCACAAAAACAAACAUUGAAAUUUUUAUCACACUAUGUACAAAAAGUCUUCUUCUCUAUUUUAAUUAAAAACUAAAACCAAGUUGCUCUUUAAUUUUCUUCUAGGUGGCCCAAAAAAACUUGUUUUCAUUUCCAGGCAAUCUCGCACAAAUUCAUCAAACUCAACACCAUCACCGCGUAAUUCACCAUCACAAUUAUCGCCUCCGAUGGCUGCGACGGCUGCGCUUCGACGUAGUUCGGACUACGGUAUGUUACUUUUUUUUCAUAAAAAAUUGAAAUAAAAUAAGAAUAAUAUUAUUAAUAAUAGUAUUAUUAUUUUAUUUAUUGAAUUUUUUGUGAAUUGAAUAUGUAUGGGAGUUUUGUAUGCAUGGUUGUCUCUGUCCAUGUAUGUACUGUACGAUUUCAAUUUUUCUCUUUUGUUGUGUACAUUUUAGUGAAAAGAAAAAUUGCAGGGACUAUGAAUAUGAAACAACAAAUUAAAAGAAACAGACUAUCUAGAGUCAAGAAUUAGUUGUUGAUGUGAGAAAAAUCGAAGUGCCACAUUUGGAAAACAUAUGAAUUUAUGAUUUAGGUGCUUUCUAGAUAGGGGUCAAACUACAAAAUACAAAGAUCUGACAUUGACAAGAAAUAAUUGUUUCAAUAAUUAGUGAGGAAUGUUUUUUUCGAAAAAAAAAACACAGUAAAUCUUCUGUCUAUAAACCCGAAAUUUUAGAAAAUAAGAGGAGUUUCGGAAGAGAGAAAGGUGAAAAAAGUUAGGUUAACCUUUGAAAAACUUAAAGUACAUUUUUAAACUGUUUGUGAGUAUUUAAAAUUUUUUUGUAGUAGUUCAAUUGGUUUUUUUGUUUUUCAAGAGGACACAAAAAUCAAUUGACGUUUUUUGUUUGUUCAGAUUUGAAAUUAAAUUCAUUCAUUUUUCAAAUUUCAUCAGCCAAUCAUAUUCAAAAAAAAUCAUUUCAAACUUUCCACACAAACACAACAAAAAUCUAUAUUAAAAAUAAAUAUAGUGUGGAAAACAACACGACAAAAAAAGUCAAUUCCACUAUGUGCCUCAGCUGCUCAUUUAUGUAUGCAUUGUGCAGCGCUUGUGUUUGGUCACCGGAAUCUUUAAUUGGUUCUUUUUCUACUACUUUUUUCGUUCCUUGACAAUUUUUCUUUUUUUUUUUCAAAUUCCGGUGAACACCUAUAUUGUACAAGCUUACAGAAAAUAUAUAGAACAAAACAAAAAAACAUUGAUGAAAAGCUGUUGAUUCAAUUAUCGUGUUGGGUGGUCAUAAGAUCCAUCUUUUUUCUCUUUUUUUUGUUUCAUCCAUAUAUACGCUUUUCCAUCAAUGCCAUUCAAGUUUUUCUUCUGCGUUCUCGCAAAACUAAUUAAUACAUAAUAAUUAUAUAAGUAUUAUGUUUAGAAAACUUGUUUCAACUGUUUGUUAUUUUUGGUUUCGAGAAAAAUAUUUGGGAAAGGGAUUGAAGGUUGAAAUAUGUAUAUGUGAGACUUUUGAAGUGUAGUUAAAAAUAGUGUAUUUUCCUUUAGUACAUAAGUGAAUUUUCAAGGAAACCGUAUUUUCUUAUCUGACAGUUUUCGAACAAAGCAACAGAAAAAUUUGUAUAUUGAUUACGCACACAUUUUUGAAUAAUUUUAUGACGUUACUAAAAUUGGGAUUCUAUUCCUGUAAAUCAUAUUUUUAUUUCAACAAAAAAUACUAGAAAUUUUAAAGAAAAAUUGAUUUCAAAUUCCAAAGUCAAACGCGCAAUCUCGCUCUAUUAAACUACACUAAAAAAAAUUUCUGGAAACUUCCAGAGAUUGUUUCGAAACAAUUUUGCUUUUUUACUUUCUUACUAUAUACUUUUCAAUCACCAUUUUCAAUAUAAAAAAUAGGCAUUUUCAAAAAACUUCAAAAAAAAGUUGAACGAGCAAAGUGCGCGCUAUUGAUAACCUACAUAAGGUCAAUUCUCACCACCUUGUUUCAUUCACUUCUUUUUUUUUUGUUCGCUUGUUUGUUUUUUUCUUUUUUCUUUUUUUUGUGAAAACUCUGCAAAUAGUAGAAAGUAGAAAAAUCAAAUUCAGACCGUUUUUGAAAUGAGGAAAGUGCGCGCUAAUGAUAACAUGAGACAGGUUAAUCAUUUCUUGGUAGUUCCUGUGUUUGAUGAUUUUAUCGAAUUUUCUUUUCUUCCAAAUUAGUUUCAAUAGGCAAAAAAUAUGUGUUUUGGUUUUGAUUUUAAAUUUCGUUCCACAUAAAUAACCUUAUACACCAAAAAACACUAAUAAGGAUGAAAAACAAUUUCGUCGGAAACCGCGAAACAGUGCGCUCGCGCCAAAUACUAAAAACUAACAAACAAAUCGACAUAUAAUACCAAACCAAAUCCGUGUGUUUUUCUCGUUGGAGAAAAAAACGCAGCGCGAACAAAAAGUGUGUGUGUAUGAUUUGACCGAGAGCGAAAUUUGUUCUCCUCACGCACGAUUCGUUCCCGUUUCCUUUUUCAAUGACUGACUCUUCAUUUCUCUGAACUCUCUUUUUUUCACUCUGAAAUAUAUAGUUUUUUUUUCCUGAAUUCAAAUUCAAUUUCCUUCCUUCCUCUUCUUUUUGUUAUGUUCAGAAUAUUGUAUGUUUGCACAGUUCUUCUAUUGAUUUUUGUUGUUUCUAUUCAAUUCAAUCGACAACAAAACAUAAUUUUUGGCGCUCUUUCAUAUUUUUUGACCAAAAAAAGAAGAAAAAAAUUGGCAACACAAAAAGCUUGACCAAGAAGAAUUAUUAUGAGAGUAGGGGAAACAAAAAUAGGAGAUGAGUAGUUUUUGUGACUUUUUGCGUUUUUUUUGCCAUCUCUUAUUUUUUUCGUGUUUCUUUCUUUGGAUAUGUUCAGUUCUAUUUUGUUCAUAUAUUCUUCUGCGGCUACUCCAAACAAAAAACACAAACACAAAAAAGUGUCGUCAUUUGUCAUAUUUCUCGUUUUAGUCCUAUUGCACUUCUUGCUCCCAAUUUUUAUCUUGUCUUGGUUUGGUUCUUCAUUUCAUUCUCGCCUUUUUUCUUGUUUGGCAGGAUUAAAUUGCCUUUGUCUCUUUUGCGCUCUCUUUGAGUUCAAGUAACAUUAUUUUUCUUUAGAGCAAAUAAAUGAAUGAAUAAAUAAAUUCUGAAAACGAAUAAAAUUGACAUGUUCGUUGACAUUUUUCAAUUUUCGAAAGUUUCACCAUUUUUUUUCUUGAAAUUCUUUGCAAAAAUUGAUUUUUUUAGGUUCUGCUGAUACCGAGUGUGGAGAAGCAGAUAGAUCAAGUUCGGGUGAACCAGUACCAAUUAAUGAAGUCGAUUUGUUGGCAAAAAUGGAACAAUUGAAUAGGUUUGUUUUUAUUUAAAAGCUGAAUAAACACUUUGAAAAAUUAUGAAAUUUUUGAAAUAACAAUUUUUUUUAUUUCAGAUCAAAUGAGGAAGAUUCAAAAAGUAUGGCAUCUCGAAGAACCGGCUCUAGUGGAAGUCGAAAAGGGGCUCGCGAAAACACACCACCUGAAGAAGAGGAGUUUUUCCAAGAAGAUUUGUGGUCGGUUUGGGGUGAAUUGAUUCACAAUUGGGAUUUCGAGGUGAAAAAACGGCCGAAUCAUAUAAAGGAGUUGGUGAAAAGAGGAAUUCCUCAACAUUUUCGGAUGAUUGCCUGGCAGAAUUUGUCGAAUGCGUCGGUGAAUUCGAUUCAUGAUUUGUACAGUGAUUAUAUGCGACAAACUUCAGUUUAUGAAAAGGUGAGAAUUUUGGUCAUGAAUCUUUUUUUGUUUUGAAAAUAUAUUAAAUAAAAAUAUACAUACAUUCGCCGUAGACAAAAAUUGAAAAACGUUAAAAAAUAAUUGCAAAAAACAGAAAAAUAGUUAAUGUUUCUCUGAGACGUCUGAGCCUUUAUUUUCUUUUGGAAAUUUCUAGAUAAUCAGUUUUCUGUAGAUACAAAAUUAAUCAUUAAAAUUUUUGACCGAAUUUCAAAACCUCAAACAAUGUGAAUUUUUCUUAAGCAUAUUCCACAUCAAAAUUGUAUUUUUAUUAGUUUUCCUCUGAAGUUUUCCACACAAAAAAAGUCAAAAAAUUCUCUAUAUUUUUCAAAUCGAAUACUUCUUCAGGUUAUCCAACGAGAUAUUCCACGAACAUAUCCAGAACUCGAUUUUUUCAAAGAUGGCGGACGUGGACAAUCACUUUUAUUCAAUGUCAUCAAGGCGUAUUCUCUUCAUGAUAAAGAAGUUGGAUAUUGUCAAGGAAGUGCAUUUAUUGUCGGUCUUUUACUUCUGCAGGUUUGUUUGAGUUUCAUUGUUUAACUAUAACAUCCUAUAACUGCUGAUUUUCAGAUGCCAGAAGAAGAGGCGUUUGCAGUGCUAAUUCGAUUGAUGGAAAACUAUCGACUUCGCGAACUUUAUAAACCAACAAUGACCGAUUUGGGUCUAUGUAUGUUUCAAUUAGAAUGUUUGGUUCAGGAUCAGAUGCCUGAUUUGUAUACACAUUUCAAUAAUAUGGGUUUUGACACUUCGAUGUAUGCAUCGUCGUGGUUUUUGACAUUAUUUACAACAACAAUGCCGCUUGAUAUUGCUAAUCGGAUUAUGGAUUGCUUUUUGGUUGAGGUAAGCUCUGGAAAUUUUAAGCAGGCUGAAAAGAUGGAUUUUUUUAGGGAAUGGAUUACAUUUUCUGCAUCGCAUUGGCAAUUUUACAACAAGCAAGAAUUGAAUUGCUCCGUUUGGACAUGGAAGGAAUGCUCAAAUAUUUUCAGCGAGAAAUUCGCGAGCGUUAUGAAAAUGAUGCUGAUUUAUUGUUCGCUGUUGCCAAUCAAGUACAAUUGAAUUCGAAAAGAAUGAAACGGUAUAUUUUUUAUUAGAAAAUGGGCUUGGCUGGGUUAAUUCAUUGUUCAUUUCCUUUUCUUUUCUUAUGGGACAAUUGACAAAGUAAAAAUGGGUUUUUUAAAGUUCAGAAUUGAGAAUAUGUGAACUGUCCAUUACGAAAAUAUUUGAGAAAGAGGGGAAUUAUGACGAAAACACUUAAAACAUACUUUUAAGGUCAAAUGCGUAUUUAAUGGAAAUUGAAAAAAUACAAUCUGUGUUCUCUUUAUAUAUUUCGAAAUAUUUUUAGAGAUGUCCAAAUUUUUCGGACAGGAAAAUCAAAAUGUUAUAUAACUAGAAAUUUCAAUUUUUGUGUUGUAAAAGCUCAGAUACUUGAUCCAAGUCCCAUUCGAAAUUUGAUGAAUCCUUCAAACAAAAUGUUUUUUUUUUCAGAUUGGAGAAGGACUACCUGGCAAAACGUACUAAAGAGCAAGAGGAAGCUGUUGAAUUGAGAGUGAGUUUCAAACAAAACAAAAAAAAACACAUUUCUUGCCUCAUCAUCAUCAUUAUUUCAUACACGAUCCCGAGGGCUAACAGAUGUGUGAGAGAGAAAACGAAGCAUAUGUAUUUCUCACAAAAACUCUUUCUGUUUUGUUUUUUCGUGCUUUUCUCUUCUUCCGAAAGAUAACUCGCCAGCAAAACAUUUUUUCAUAUUAUCACAUCAAAUAUUUUUUAAUGGUCAGUGGGUGUUUCAAACAACAAUUUAACGUUGACUCACACAUUGAAUGAAUGAGAGCGUAUCGAUUUUUUGUAAUUUUUCUCAUUUUAUUUGCUCAAGAAUAGUUCAGUUUUUUUAUUAUUUUCUUUUCUUCUUCCUUGGAGUGUUUUAUUUCAAUAGGGAGAGAAGACGAAGAAAAAUGAGAAAUUUUUAUUUUCGCUAGUAUUUUUUCUUUCUCCUUGGUGACCAACCUUAUACCAUUUUUUUCUUUGAUUCUUGUUUUCUUUUUCUUUAAAAAAAACAACCGGUUACCUAAAUUUUCACUUUUUCUAUUUUGUUUUGUGGUUAAACAAAAAGUAGAAAUAAUAACAUAAUGUCGACAAGUACGUUUGGUUGUUUCACAAUUAUGUAUGAAUAUGACCAUUUGAUGAUGAUUCUUUUUUUUUUUGAUAGUUUUCAUUGAUUUUUGGUUGGUUGAAUUGACAUUUUUCUCGAUUAUUCUUCUUUUCCCCGUUUGAUCGUUGAAAAUACACAACGUUUAUUAAUUGAUUCCUCUUUCAUUCUUCUAUACUUUGUUAAAGAACAUCACAUAACUUUGUUUUUCUCACCAUAAAAAAUUCGAAAAAUAGUGACUCACUUGAUAAUAUAUUUUUUUGAAACGUCAUUUGUAGGUCAAAUGUCAUGUUCUGAAAUUCGAAUCGACUAGUUAGUUGUUUGAACUUUUCAUUUUAUUUUGUUUUACUUUUAACACAAAACAAAACAUUUUUAAUUGAAAACAAAUAACAAGAAAAAGAGAUGAAGCAGCAAGCAAAAGUCUGUUCCCAUCAUUCAUCAAAACAUCGCUAUCAAUUUCGAAAUUUUUCAAACAUUAUCAAUCAAUGGAUGAGAAUGAAAGAAAGAAGAUUUUAACCAAAAUCAUCAUUAUCUCAUUUCAUUUCAUUUCAAUUAAUCUCUCCUUCUCUUGUUUUUUCCACCCUUUUCGAUAACUUCUUUCCUGGGGCGUGUCACGAAGCCACGCCCAUCGCUUUUUGGUGGUCGCCUGGCAGCUAAAUUCCCUCUCUUGUUCUCCCUCCCUCUAUCUGUUUUUUUUUCGUGGCUGGAAAAAUCUGUCGUUUUUUUCCUAUUCCCUAUCUUUUUUUCUGAUUUUUUAUUUUAAUUCAAUCAGUUAGUUCUGUUCGUCGUGUUUGCUGAUUGAUUUCCGUCUUCUUUUUCUUAUCUUGUUCUAAUUUAUUCGAAUUUUGUCUAAUAGGUUUUCUAAAUGAGGACACGAGCCAAGAUUGGAAAACAACGGUUUCAAUGGACCAGAAAGGUAUAAUAUUUAACGUAGGAGAGAAAAUAAAUAUCAAAAACUAGUUCCUUUUUCUGUCCUUCAUUCAUUCAUUCAGUCAUUCAUUCAUUGAAAAUGUGUACAAAUCGAUUGUAGGGUUAAAAUUGUAAUAAUAAGAAUAAUAUUAUUAUUUCUUUUUGUGUCAUAUUUUCAAUUCAAAAAUAGAAAAUGUAUUUUACUUUACUUCUAAUAAUGGCGAAAAGAAAAACAAACGAAGAAUAAAAAAAACCAGUCAGAUUUUCUAACUCAUUUAUUCAAUGUUGUUUUUUUCAUAUUUCGCGAAAGAGAUUUGUUAUUUUACGAAUGCAUGAAAAGUGAUUAAUUUUCGACACAAAAUUGAGUAUUUUUCCCUUUUUCAAAAAUUUUCCUUUGUUAAAAGAGCAGAAUGUGCUCUUUUAAAAAUGUGUUUGCUCUUCUUCAUUCAUUCAUUCUUUCAAAAUAUCUCGUUUACACAAUUUAAAUGUAUGAAGUGAGUGAAAUGAUGAUGAGUGGCAAGACAGGAGUGAAAUUUAAGAAGUUUAGUUUCCUACCCAUUUUUCAUGCAGAGGAGAAAUUAUUAUUUUUUGCUCUAUCUCUGGGAACAGUUGUAGAGUAUCCAAACAAAUAUAUUGGAAGCUAAAAACCACUCAAGAAAGAACAUGAGAUAACAAAUAAAACAAAAACCAAGUUUUUUUUCAGAGAUUGCGAACCGAAAAUCGUCUUUUAAGACAAAGAAUCGAUUAUUUGGAAGCUGAAUCAUCUGCAUUGGCUGAUCGAUUAGUUAAAGGACAAGUGAAUUUGGCGCAGGAAGCUGAAAAUUGUAUUAAUAUUGCACAUGAGUUGAACAAACUUCGUGAUAUGAACUCGGAUGUUCAUCGAAAACUUGAAGGAGCAUAUGAAACUAUCAGGUAAGUGUGUUUACUACGUGUAGAUUCAAACUACAUAAAUGUGAAACAAAACACAAAAAAGUUUAGAGAGCAAAAAACUAUCUUCUCGCAAUAAAAAAUUAAUAGUUUGUUGAACAUAUUUUGUUCUUUUCUUUUUUUUUUUUUGUUAUCAGAUUACGAAACCAGGCAAAACCAGAUUGAUUUUUUUAUUUUCCAGAGAACUGUCGAGUACACGAAGAGAAAAUGUGACUGACACAGCAACACAAGUCGAUGACACUUCAAUGAUUGAACAUAUUCAUUCACUUCAACAAGAAUUAAUCGAAGCUCACACAAGACAAGCAGACAGUGAAAAUGCAUUAAGAGACACCAAAUUGCGCAUUUCGGUGAGUAGUCGGCACAAAUGACCCACAAAAAAUGAUGCACAAAAAAAGGUUCGAAUUUAUAUGCUAAUUUGUUUUGGCUAUUUUUAGGAGCUCGAAAUGGCCAACAAAAGACUGCGAGAAAACGAACCAUCUGAAGGAAUUGCUGGACUUCAAGAGGAAUUGAUUUCUGUUAAGAUGAGAGAAGCUGAAAGCAGUUUGGCGUUGAAAGAUAUGCGACAAAGAUUGGCAGAGUUGGAACAACAUUGGGCGGUUAGUAUUUUUUAGAUUUCAAAACAACCAUGUCUAUGAUUUUUUUUUUCAGAAAUAUGUGCACGUUCGAGCAUUUGAUCCAUCUUCUGCAUCAAUUGAGAAAGAUGCAGCAUCUCCAACUGAAAAUGGUGGAAGUCCACAACAACCAUCCCCACCAUUAACAUCUGCAAGAGCUCGAUUGGCAAAAAUAACUGCUAGUUUGAUCGGAGGAUCAGUUGAAGAUUCGGAUAGUUUGAUAAGUGUUCGAGAAUUGGAAGAUCAAUUAAUGGGAGUGAGAAUUAAAGAGGCUGAUACUCAAGCAGAGUUGAAAGAAAUGAGACAAAAAGUGAUGGAACUUGAAACACAAAAUCAUGUAUGCACAAAUCAAUUGAAACGGCAAGAUGAUGAGAUGAAAAAAGUUCGGGAGGAGCAAGAAAAUAUUGCAAAGAAGAAGAAAGAAAUUGAGGUUGAAUUGAAAGCUGAAAAAGAAAAGCAGGCAAAUCGUGAGAGUGAAUUGAAUGAGCAACGAAUCAAUGAUCGUUUGAAAUAUUCUGAAGCCAUUCAAACAAUUCAAGAACUUCGAUCAAGUAUUUCACAACUUGAAUUGAAAAAAGCUGAAAAAUGGACACAAAAUCAAUUGCGUGGAAGCAGUGUUUGUGACGUUGACGACGAUUCAAAUUCCCACGCUUCUAUUUGUUCAAACGGUGAUCAAUUAUCGUUGGCAUCUGAUGAAAUGAAUGCAUUGAUUGCUGAUAUGACAGUUCGUGUUCCAACUCUUGAUGAUUUAUUAGAAGAAGGAUCAGCAACUGAAACUGAUGAAAAAAGACCCAAGGUUGGUAUCACAUUUUAUCAAUAUAUACUUUUUUGAAAAUGAAAUCAAGAAGGAACUAAAAUUGUAUUUUCAGGAAUUGAAUGAUGGAAAUGAUACGGCUGAUUCGGGUCUUCAUUUAUCAGAUGGACAAUAG